CCUAAGCAAAUAGGACUAAACACCCCCUAAACCUAAAACCCUCUUUUCAACCUCUGCAUACCCAUUGCAAAUCAGUUGCACAAAAAAUGGCGAAGUGUUGCAUAAGCCGCGCAUCAUCUCUUAUCUUCUUCCUCCCUCGACCCAACUUCACUUUUCGUACAACACUAUUCUGCAAGCCUUUCAUAUCACAAUCCUUACAUUCAUAUUCCACCACCAAAACUCCAUUCCCACUCCAAUACGAAAUGAUAAUCACCCGCCCACCUCAAACCACACCCCUCCACCACCCUCGCCGCCGCCGAGCACCACCGCUCCCGAAUUCCAAACCUCCAGAUACCGACUUGGGUUUUGAUGACUGGGUUGAUAUGAAAUUAACUUCAGAAUCAGCACCCUCGUUACCCACACCAAAUCAAGAUCAGAAGCAACCCGUCUUGUUGAAUGAUGAGAUGGACAAAUCUAAAAGGAAGUAUUACAACAAGAGACAAAAGAGAAUGUAUGGUUCGGAUUCAGAAGAUGAUGCUGGUCAAUCGAAUGAGGAGAAGAAGAAGAAGAGGGUUGCAGUUAAGGGUGUUGGGGAGAAGAAAGAUGAGAAGGGAUUGGUAUUCUUUGAGGAGGAGAAAGUGAACAAAGAUGUGAAAAUGGAUAUCACAGAGAAGAAAGUUGAGGAGUUCUUCAAGUGUUUGAAGAAAGUCCCCAAUGAAGUUGAUAACACACUACCCUUCAUCUCAGGUCGAAGUUCAGGGCUUCCUCCUAAAUGGGAUGGUCCAACUGGAGCUGUUCUUUUGGUCAACAAACCUAAAGGAUGGACUUCAUUUACAGUUUGUGGGAAGUUGAGGCGACUUGUCAAUGUAAAAAAGGUUGGGCAUGCAGGGACUCUUGAUCCUAUGGCAACUGGUUUGCUUAUUGUAUGUAUUGGCAAAGCAACAAAGUUGGUUGAUAGAUUUCAGGGUAUGGUUAAAGGGUAUAGUGGAGUUCUUCGUUUAGGGGAAGCUACCUCAACCCUUGAUGCUGACUCACCGGUGAUACAACGUGAGCCAUGGGAGCACAUAAAGGAUGAUGAUAUAAAGAAAAGUGCAGCAUCAUUUUGUGGGGAAAUAUGGCAAGUCCCUCCAAUGUUUUCAGCCAUUAAAGUUGGAGGUGAGAGGUUAUAUGAGAAAGCAAGAAGAGGAGAAAGCAUUGAACUUUCACCAAGAAGAAUAUCAAUUUUUCAGUUUGAUGUUGAACGAAGUCUAGAAGACAGACAAAAUGUGAUUUUUAGGGUGACAUGUUCAAAAGGGACAUAUAUUCGAUCCCUAUGUGCAGAUUUUGCAAAGGCUCUCAACAGUUGUGCUCAUAUGACUGCUCUACGAAGAGAUUCCAUUGGGGAAUAUUCGGUAGAUGAUGCCUGGGAUUUUGAGGAGUUAGAGAAAGAAAUUCCCAAAAAUUAUAUGUAGAUUUUGUAUGAUUAUUCUUGGUAGUUAAGUUUCUUGUAAUCUAUGUCAUGUGUUUGGUUGUCAGAAAAAUGGAAUGGAAUUCAACUUUAUUCCUUUGAUAUUUAACAAGAGAAUGAAUGGAAUUCAGUUUCGGGAAUGGACAAUUCCUUGUAGGAUAUUUGAAAGAAGUCGAAGAGAUUGAACUCCAUAUAUUUGGCUAUAGAAUGGAAUCUUGAAUUCCAAUUUCAGUUCAUGUGGUUUCCGUUGUAGUUUGUGAACCGAUACCAUUAUGUGGGAAUAGAGAAUAACUAGUUUUGUGUUGGUUUCUGUUGUAAUUUAAACUUAUUAAUUAUUGAAUAACGUAAGG